CUGUUUGCAUCGUCUAAUCCGUUUAACCGAGUGGCAUGCUGAUCCGCAGGUAGGCUACAGUUUCAACACUGUACUUUGCAGUAAAGCAGUACUUUGAACCGUGUAACUGAGCAACAGAAAGAUCCGUAAACUGCCAUUAACGAGUGAUAAACGGCAGAUCAUGGCGAAAUUACCUGGAACUGCGGGUGUCUCUGUGCUUGGUGAUAAAUCAAUGGAGUUUUACCGAGACCCGGUGAGUUUUUGCGAACAGCGCAUUGAGAAGUACGGGACACGGAUCUUCCAGUCAAGACUUCUGAACAAACCCACAACAUUUGUCUGCUCGGUGGAGGGGAUGCGAGAAUUACUAUGUGAAAAGUCCUCUGUGUUCCUGAAGGACCCCACUGAUGUCAUGCACAACAUGUAUGGAGACAACAUUGUGACCUCCAAUGGUGAGGAAGCGUGCCUAUUGCGUCUGUCUUUGACCAGUCUGUUCACAGGGGCGUGUCUCGAGUCCUGGAAUGAUUACAUCACCAGAGUUUGUGAGAGAUGCUUGAACGACCUCUCUACAAGCAGGGAGCCUGAGUCAGUGUAUCCCCUGUUUAAGCGUGUUGGGACAGAGCUUGUUCUUGGUCUGUUUCUCAACGUCCAGCCAGAGGAGCAGCUCUUCCAGGAGAUCACAAACCUCUGCACCCUGCACUGGCAUGGUCUGAUCUCAGCUCCCGUCAGUGUGAAGGUUCCUCUGUGGUCAUCAGGCUUCUGCACAGCCCUGGAGGCCAGAGACCAGCUGCUGGACAUCAUCAGGGACAAGCUGCACACAGACACACAGGGGUUCGUGGGCUCCCUGGGCUCUCUCCCUCUCCCUGAGCCCAGCUGUGCCUCUCAGCAUCUGCUUCUCUUCAUCUCAGCUCUCAUCCCCAAAGCCCUGGCCUCCCUGCUCACCUCCUUCACCAUGGCCCUCAGCGGACCUCAGAUGGAGGAGACACGUCGCAGGGCCCGGUCUGACCCCGUCUAUCUCCACCAUAUCCUGCUGGAGGUCCAGAGACUGUGGCCGCCAUUCAUUGGUGGACGCAGGAUAGCCAAUCAGGACACGUGCCUGGGGGGGUUCCUGGUUCCCCAUGGUUACGCAGCCAUGUACAUCAGCCAUGCAGUGCAUCGUGACCCAGAAGUCUUCACACACCCUCAUGACUUCCUGCCUGAGAGGUGGAGUGGCAGGAACUCGGGUCAGGAGCACCUCCUCUGUAGCCUAGGCAAUGGACCCAGGAACUGCAUCGGAACCCAGCUCAACUACGUCUUCCUCAAGGCAGCUUGUGUGUACCUGUUGCAGCACUAUGAGUGGAUCCUGGACCCCCCCUCUCAGGAUCUCCAGUAUAAAUGGCUGCCGGUGUCCCGCCCCUCCAACCCCCCCACUGUCACCUUCACCCCCCCACAGGACCAAUGAUGGCACAGCACUGAGAAGGAUGGACCAAUCAGAACUGUGUGAACUCAAAGAUGAAAGACUCAAGGACCAAUCAAGUGUUCUUCAGCAUCCCUGCUGACCAAAGCAGAGACACACCUUCAAAUCACUAGCUGCCACUUUGACUGUGAUUGGAUGGUUCGUGAAGACAUUAAUGAAGAUCACAGAUCACACAAUCCUCUUGUAGCAAAAGGAAGAGAACGAUUAUGAUCAUGAUAGGUGCUGCUAAGGAAUGUGCUCAUUCACACACAUGCACACACACACACACACACACACCCUAUCCCCUAGCAACUACUGCUGCUUAGCAACAGCUCGGCCUAGUGACAGUAGAACACCUAGCCCUUAGUAGCCAGUAGCAGUCUGUUAGCAUGCAGCUCUCAUACUCUCACUCUCUCUCAAUAUCUCUCUUUCUAUUUCUCUCUCUCUCACGCACACACGCACUCACAGUAAAACCUGACCUGCUGUUUGUAAGAGAUGUGGCUGGAAUAACCAAGAUGGCUGCAAUUUU